AUGGACGACACUGAGAGUACUACAACAUCUGCUGAUGAGAAUACUGGUAAUUUGUGCGACAACCCUACAAGGGAUACUUUGGCGGAAGGUUUACUUGGCCUUUUGAAGCCUACUGUAGACCAACUCGACGACAGAGUAAGGGCUACGAGGAUAUCUCAAUUGGAGUUGAAGCAGCAGAUAGACUCAUUGAAUGAGGAGCUGCAGAACGUGCGCGAGGCUCUGAACAACCAUCCUGAUCUAGACCCAUAUGUGAAAAAGCUGAUAUCUUGCAAACACAAGGUCACUGUGGUGCUGAAUGUGCUGCAGGCUUCACAGUACUACCGGAGCAGCCACCUCCAGAGCCAGAACAGAGCACUAGCGGAGUGGUCACAGACAGAGGAAGCAUUAACUGACAACAUGGAGACUCCCUAUCAGAACCACAUUGACAAGGCUGACUUUGAUCAUGUGUAUGAGCCUGCAGAAGACAGCUUUCUACUCAUAGAUGCCUUAGAGAAGGACCUAGAAUAUUUAAAGAAGAAAAACCCCACUUUUUGCUUAGAAGUUGGGUCUGGAAGUGGUGUAGUUAUUACAGCUUUUGGUAUGGCCUUCCCACAAACAUUUUGUUUGAGCACUGAUAUUAAUUUCAAGGCUUGUGUGAUGUCCAAGCAAACUGCUGCUUACAACAAAGUUAAGUUAGAUACAUGCAACAUGGACUUGACUACUUCCUUUACUGAUAAUGUGUUCGAUGUUAUCAUUUUCAAUCCACCAUAUGUGGUUACUGAGAGUGAGGAGUGUGGAGGAAGUGACAUUACGGCUAGUUGGGCUGGGGGUACAAAAGGACGCGAAAUUACCGACAGAUUACUCAACAUGAUACCAAAGAAACUAGCCAAUAAUGGAGUCUUCUACCUGCUGCUUAUUGAAGAAAACAUUCCUGAUGAAGUUGUUCAAAUAAUGUCUGGUUAUGGAUAUAAAUCUGAAGUUGUUUUAAAGAGGAAGGUUCGGAAUGAACAACAAUUAGUUUUUAAGUUUUUUCGAUAA